AUGUAUAAAACUAUAGUAUUAAUAUUGGCAUUAUACUUUAUAAUUGCAAACUGCGAAGUGGAAUUCGUUAGAUGUAAUGUAAGAUGCAGAGAACUUAAUCCUUUAGAUUGUACAAACAAAGGUUUGAUUUUUGAAAAGGCUAAUCCUACACUUGGUACCUGUUGUGACAGAUGUGUAAAGAAACCAAAUUUAACAAUCAGACCUGCAAAAUGUGCUAGUGUGCUAUGCCCAGAUUGUGUUGGUGAUAUUCCACCUGGAGAAUGCUGUCCAAAGUGUGGAACUGGUCCAUCAUCUCUUCAUUAUGAAUCUAUAUCCGAAAUGGAGAAGGAUCUCUCUUUAGUUUGUAGUCUUCAUAGAAAUAAUACAAAAAUAAAAAAUAAAUAA